UUUUACUAUAUAUUGGAAUUUAUAGGCCUUGAAUAUUUGUUCACUAUAGUUUAGCACCUUCUCUUCCCUUGUUCUGUUUGCAACGAUGUUGGAAGGAAAAGCUGUGGUGCGAGAGGCAGACAUGCCAGAGAUGUUGCAGAACCAUGUGAUGGAAUUAGCUUACCAGGCUCUCGAUCUCCAUGAGGUCUCCGAUUGUCAAUCAAUUGCUCAUUACAUCAAACAGUUAAGGAUGUCAUCAUGCAAUCUGCUUUGCUUUAUUUGUGUACGUAGCGACCAGAACUUCGACGAAGCUUAUGGACCAGCAUGGCAUUGUGUAGUGGGGAAAGACUUUGGAUCCUGCAUUACACAUUCAUGUGGAAGUUUCAUUUUCUUCCGCGUGGAGAUGAUGGAGUUUCUUGUUUUCAAGGAUGGCAAGGACUUGGCUGAAAGCAAAGAAGAGGCUAUUGGAGUGCUGCAAAAAUCCAAGAAAAACGAUCCAUAGAACAUAUGAUUUAAGCUAUAGAAACUUAAUUAUCCCUCCUAGUUUCCAAUAUUAUUCUUUAUCUCAUACCAUAGGUAGUCAUGGAUUGGAUAUUUUUUGUUUCAACACAGCAUCAAAACUGUAGAUGAUGCUAGCUGGUUUUUUAGAAAUAUAUCUGAUAAACUGAAAAGAUUUCAAUAUA